UUCUUACUCAACGUUAUUUCCACGGUGGGGGUAUAUUUGAUCUAUGAUGACUUUUCUUCAAUUUUGAUUGUCACAAGAAAAAUGUAAUGUGAAAGAUGGUUGAAAUGUGACAAGAGAAAAGAGCAGUGGAAACUUUUAGAAAAAGUAACGUGUUUUUUAAGAUCAUGGUUUUUGUUCUACUGUUAGGAAGGUUGCAUACGGUGCAGUUCACUUAAAAGAAGCAGAUGGACCUGCUUUAUAAAGUUAAAAAAGUUGAAAGAAAAGGAUAAACAAAGUUUACCAAAUUUUGUUUCAUUAGAAUGAACCUAGAUCAACCUAAAGCCUGUUUUCUGCCUCAAAAAACGUUCAAUGUGUCAGUGUUGAAGGUUAUGUAAAUAGCAGUUGGAACACUGACAAUCAGUGCACUGAGGCAUAGGUCUACUCGUGAAAUGUCUUCAAAUUUUUUGAAGCUUUAGAAAUUAAAUCGGAUCUUGCGCAUGAUGUACGGUGUCGUAAGGGUUCAUAUUGAACAAAGAAUGUUCUGCUGACAGGCGCGUGUAUUAACGUAUGAGAAAACGCACCGCGGUGUUUGUGAACACAUGCCCAAAUGUUACGGGUCUGUUGACGCUAAUAUCAGCAAUAACAACGCACUUUUUUUUCAAAAAACAAGUUGCGUUUGUGAUUUUAAAAUUACAACUGUAAGUUGGUUUCUCCUUCACUUCAGUUCCCCUAUUAUCACUUCUAGGUCUAAAUCUCUGAGCGUCUUGAUAAGACUUAACCGUCACACCUCGCGGGAAAGUCAACACCGUGUCAACGUACAAAUAAUUAUUGUUAAUAAAUUCACUGGCAAAAUAGUCGAAGAGAGAGCAGUUUUAAAAUGCUCUAGGCACUGAUUUUUCUUCUUUUACUUAAGAGGAGCAAAGAAAUAUGUCGUUAAAUUGAAGCAGGCCCAGUAAAAAACAUGAUUUUUCAAUUAUGACAGUCCUAUCCAAAAGAACGGUUUUAUAAUGUCUCAAAUUUUUCGGAUUCAAUUUAAAGAAAUAGCUGACUUCAUUGUUCCGCGUACGUCUGACAUUUUCCGAAUUUGAUUUUUUAUACGAUAAAGACCUAUUUUUUUAAUUUCUCUAGAAUUCCAGUACAAUUUUAAAGAUUGUAUCAUAAUGGGCCUGUGUGGUGUAUUUAGUACAGUGUAUUCAUUAUAUAAUGCUGGCAUUGCACUCACACAGUAUAUUUAUGAGAGAGAGAGAGAGAGAGAGAGAGAGAGAGAGAGAGAGAGAGAGAAUUGGAAGGAAGACAGAGCUAUUUUAAAAGGAUGUAAUAUAAAAGCUACAUUUUCUGCAGCAGUUCUCCGAGGUAGAGGAGUAGUGGCAGAGAGAUGGCACUAAUGUACCGCAAGGUGCUCUCCGUGAUUACACAACCGCCAAGCUCCAGGUCGGACUCCAUGAUAGAACAGCUAUUCCCCUGGUUCCAGAAAAAAUCGGAGUUGUUCAAAUCUCUACAGCGAGACGUCAUGAAGGAUAUCAUUCGGAAUUGUGAAUUUAUUACCUGUCACAGGGAUGAUGUUAUUAUUCAGCAGUCCGACACAGGGAACAGAUUCUACAUCAUACUGGGAGGUCAAAUUUCCAUUUACAUAAAUAACAAAAUUGAAGAAGAUGAAGCAAGUGGCUCGGUAGAAAGCGGUAGGCUGAGGAAGAAGACGGCAGCCGAGGUACCGGGAUACAAAGCUAUAGAUAGAAGUGUGUAUGGAGCAUUCGUGACCACGCUGGGUGAAGGUAAAAGUUUUGGUGAAGUAGCCCUGAUUACCGAGGACUGCGUCCGUACCGCCACCGUUAUAGCUGACACCAAGACAGAUUUACUGGUCGUCAGCAGAGAACUCUUCAAUCGCUGUCUGAGAGCUGCACAGGAACAAGAGUUUAAUGCUAAAAUGGCCUUUGCUAACACAUGCGAAUACUUCUGUAACUGGCGGCCGAAAUAUAAGAAACAAGUCGCCAUGAGCCUCAUCCGACGCAAGGCGGCUUUUGAUGAGAAGAUUGUGAAACAGGGAAGCUCAGUAGAGGGGAUCUUUUUUGUCAUCAAGGGUCAAGUCAAGAUUACCAUGGACCCGUCGUCACAUUGGCGCCAAAACUCGGCCGUCUGGCAGGUCGAUAGCUGCUUCUGGACAAAGGUCAUGCGGCCGGAUUUCAGGAGCAAACUGUGUGGCAUGGAAUCUGCGAAGGUGGAAGAACAGGAACGCUCACGUAGAGACGUAGAAGUUUGCAUAGCAGCUCCAUUAGAAGCAAUAGGAGAAGUAGAGGUUUCUCUUGAUAUUCCUACCUAUCUACAGACAGCCACUGCCAUAGAACCUUGUGAGUUGCUUUUGCUCACCAAAAGAGCAUAUGAUCGCCUGGUUCUGAAAAAGUACACGAAGACAGCGGACGCUUUGAUCGCACAAUCAAGAAAUAAGAUAGGAAGACGUCUGGAAAGGUUUUCUAAAAACGAUAACCCAUACUUUCUGCGCUGUCUUUGGCUGAAAUUGCACAUUGACGAUCAAAAAUCCCCGCAGGAUGGGUCCUCUACCUCUGAAAGCAAACUUUCAUUCAUCAAUACUACGAAGGAACUAGGUGCUAAAGCUUCUGGCGCUUCUUUCUCGAUUGGAAAAACACAGGCAGAUCAUUGGCAGACAUUUUCUCCAGCUAAGCAGCAAGCCUCACAAAGUGCAAUAUGGACGACUUUCAACAAGAAGAUGGGAGGAGAAGGCCGGGGAGCGACUGGCCUGACCUCUAUAUGUGAGGAGGCAAAGUACAGUAGAAGAGAACAAACAAAGAUUACUAGAAGGAAGCCAUUGUCAGGCCAGAGAGAGGCAUUGAAACGGACGGAAACGUUGGCGACUAUUUUACCAAUUAAUGAGAAAGCAAAAUUAGAAGGAGCGGCGAAUGAAAAAGUUGGUGCUAAUUUUCAACCAGCGUCCCCUCUUUCACCGAAGGAAGAGAUGGUGCGGUCGGCUACAGUGACAGGACUGAGUGAACUGGAUAGAUGGAUAUAUAGUCCACGAGGUGAGGAGAAGCAGACAAAGUAUAAAGAGGAGUGUACGGACUGGGAGACCAGUGACGAGGCCCUGAGUAUGCUAGAGUCGAGGUUGAAGACGUGGCUCAGUGAACUGGAAAGCACAGACAAGAAACCAAAGCGCGUUUUCCGCUUGCGUCGGUUUUCUUCAGACAACGCCGCCCCUCCCCUGCCUGGACAGAAGGUGAUCAUGUCACCCAGACGAAACAAAAGUGACACGGAGUGGACGGUGGGAUCAGACGAGGACGACGACAAAACGCUGGCCUAUAGCGACUCUCCUGUGGAGUCCAUGGAGGAUUAUAGUUUACUUCGAUAUAAACCAAGAAGAGCUUCCAGAUUAUCCAUGUCGUCGGAUGGCGCAGAUGGAAGUGAUGCCUAUUAAGGAACGCCCGAGUGACCUAAGAAGAUAACCAGCGCCAAGUAGACCUAACUGAAGAAAGAAGAACGCCGAAUACAGCUUGGCCGUCUUCACCAGUUCGCGCCAUCAGAGGGUGAACAUAAUACAGCAAAACUUACGGAAGAUGUGGUUCGACGGUUUCAGACCCAUUCUAUAUAUAUAAUUAUUUUAUAUAUACUUCUUCGGGUGUUUUUUCAACUUAAAAGUUGUCCGAUACCAAAAGGCAGCUCAAAUACAAAGUUUACAUAUAUUUUAACUGAAUAAAAACUGUAAAGAAAA